CUGUUGCGGUGGAGAGGCGCAAACGCGAGCGGCAGACCUCUCUCCAGUCUUGGUAAAAUACGGAAAUAGUAGGCGAAGGACAGGAGGCGUGGUGGAUCAUAGCGGCAAAACAACAACGAAACUAACGUACUCCUGCGCGCACAUUUUGCACCGUUUUGGCAAUUUAUCCAAACUAAAAGGAAAAGAUUUUGGAGGUAUAAGAAGAGGAGUUUUAUUUACGAUUUUUGGGAUUGUUCCUGGUUUAACUUUACGCGUCAAAAUGGAUGUACUGGCGAAUUACAGUAUUUUCCAAGAACUACAACUGGUACAUGACACUGGGUAUUUCUCAGCGAUGCCAUCCCUGGAGGAAAACUGGCAGCAGACUUGCUUGGAGUUGGAGCGCUACCUUCAGACCGAACCAAAGCGUCUUUCUGAACUUUUCGAGGAAGAUUUGGACUGCCUCCUCACCCCAGCCUUCAUGCACGGAGCCGACAGCGACGAAGAACUGUUAGACCCGCUUUUACCAUCCCUCCAGGACCCUCCUAGCCCUCCUCCUGUGCUCAAAAACCUACCCAAAAUCCACACCAAAAUUCUCCAAAUAUCCAAACCAGAAACCGAAACCACGAAGGAACUAACUGGCGCCAACGCGGCACAACUUAGCGCUGCUGUAACUGCGCUAACCCCUCCGUCUUCGCCCGAACUGGGAAGGCAUCUAAUCAAACCGAUGCAGACGCUAACAGCUACGGCGGAUGGCACACUAACGUUGAAGCUAGUAGCGAAAAAGGUGGGGUUGGUAGCGGCCAAAGCGGUGCCGACGCAGUUUAAUCAAAAUGGAGGAGGAGGAAGCUUGAGUGAUAGUGAACAAGGAGGAGGGUUAGAUAUUCCUGAAAAUAAAAAGAGGGUACACAGAUGUCAGUUCAACGGCUGCAGAAAAGUCUACACCAAAAGUUCACAUCUCAAGGCGCACCAGAGGACACACACAGGAGAGAAGCCGUACAAGUGCUCGUGGGAGGGCUGUGAGUGGCGCUUCGCUCGCAGUGAUGAGCUCACGCGACACUACCGGAAACACACGGGAGCCCGCCCCUUUAAAUGCAACCACUGCGACAGGUGUUUCUCCCGAUCCGACCACCUGGCUCUCCACAUGAAGCGCCACAUCUGAGUCGUACCACCAGAGGGCAGCAGCACUGAGGAGCAGAGCCGAGGGAAUCAAACUACCAACUUAUUUCUCCCCCUGCUCCCAGACACCACCGAGGAGCAGAGCAGGGAGAAUCAAACUACCAACCCCAUGCUCCCGGCUUCCUCCCUCCUGUCCGGACACCAUCUCGGACGACCCCAGUACGGUGGCCCAAAUAGGGGCAUCAGUAACAACACGGAGGAGGUGCAAGAUAGUUGUUUUUCUCAACCACUUUACCACAACUGUUACAGUAAAUACAUUUUUGUCCAUUUUCUGUCAAAUUCCAAAUGUCUUCAAGCACUUUUGGGAUCUUGGAGUUUUUUAUAUCAAUAACCAAUAACCACGUUUUCAUUUUUCUGCAUGCAUUUUAAUAUAUACAAGUAGCUAGCGUUCAAAAUACUCAACUUUUUCCAUUUUUCAUCUUUGAAAAUCCACCACUGCACUGCAAAAAGUAAAGAUUUUGAGCAGGUUUUAAUUACGUUGCUGCGUGCAAAUCAAAUAAUCAAUCUUUUUUAAUUAUAGAUAGAGUAUUGGUUCAAAAUGACUAUUGAUAAUUUCCAAAUUUGAAGUAUAAUUUUCAAAACUAGCAACAAAAUUGGAAAAAAUAUUUAAAAUUGCAUCAAAGUCUAAUUAUCUCUACAAAAGUAAGUGAAUUAUUAAGUCACCACUACUCAAAUCAAGUGUGAAUUCAAGUCGUUUAAGCUUUUUGGAUAAUAUUUUUUGCAGUGCAGCACCCGUCGCAGCCUAUUUCAACAAUAUGAAAAACAACAGUGAACAAAGGCUGGGUGCUUGAACUUCUUUUAUCGCUGACAAUCGGUAUUUUGGGGAAUGCACUUGGACAUUUUGAACAGUGAGUGCGCCAAUUACGAGUCAGCUUUGUGGCUCUCCCAUGCUUAUAUAUCCUACCACCAGAGGGCGGCACUGAGGAGCAGAGCAGAGGUAAUCGAAAUACCAACCUCCUGCUCCAUGCUGCCCCUCUUCUGCCAUCCGCCAUCCUGGACAGCCCCCAGUACGGUGGCUCAAAGGGGACAUAAACUUCAAAAGAGAGAUGCGAGAUUGUUGCGUCUCUAUGGGAGAUCUAACUGACAAUGCGCAGCGACACUUUUUUGAGCAAAUUUUCUACUUAAAAGACAUUUUUUUUCUUUUUUGGGGGGUUGGGGAAGGGGGCUGGGUUGGGAAAAUGUCUUAAAACUUUGAGGAGAUAUGUCUUGGAUUAAGAGGUUGGACUUUGAGAAUUUGUUGCUUGAAUUGACUGAGAGCAAACAGUGAAUGACAACAAGAUAAAAGCCAUGUUUCUACCAAGUUGUGUAAUACAACUAGCCAAAAUGUUGCUAACAAACUUAUUUUAUUUAUCUAUUUAGCUUUUACCAUCUGGUAAAAUGAAUUCAAAUUCCUCCAAAAUAAAUCCUUUGAAAACAAAUUAAUGCUAACAACAGCUAGCAUUCUAAGCGUGCACUUCCUGAUACUUGGAUAAUAUAAUACUUUAUAAUUUGAUCAUGGAAGUAUAAUAAAAUCUGGAAGGUGAACCCAAGAUGGCGUCGUAUUGUUUUCAAUGGCCUAUGCUCAUUUACGCAAGGUUCCAGAAAUGAUUUUCUCCAACAAUUUUCUUUUUACUUCCUCAAUACGAGUGCCCCCUACCGUGUGACGUCAGGAUCAGAGUGAUAGCUGCUAGAGCGGAGCUAGUGCAGGCUCAGAGCUAAAUCUUGCAAAGCUAACUGUUAGGUGCUUUGAGGAUUUAAAAAUUCUAAAGUUUGUGUUGUGAAAAUAUAGAAGAAUCCCCGCUAAAUCCCAUCUUUGUGAAAGCUAUGGAUGCCCUGUCAGCUGAACACGGGCAGCUGAAUUCACAAAAAAUGCAUUGUCUUCUAUGGGAGAAUUCUUUCUGGGCUGGGGCUCCCGAGAGCUGCGGUGCCUAUGGGGCGGCCGCUGGUCGAUCUCGCCCCGGGACACAGGGAGAGUGUCUCAUCCAGUUCUUAUUAUAGAUCCAUGAAUUAAAUCUACACAGUCCACAGGAGACAUAUUUUGACUUCAAGAGCUGCUUAUACAUCUUUAUAUCUACGCUGGGGCAGGACAAAUUUUGCUCAAAUACAUGGUCAAAAUGCAGGCCCUUUAAAGGUGCACUGUGUAACGCCUCAGUCAGUCGCCGUGCGCCACUCACACUCAGAGCGGUGGCCUGCUGUGCUGUUGCUUUCACCUCCUUUGAAACUGCACACACGAGGCCACGUGUUCUAUUCAUUUAUUAAGGGAAAGGCUUUGGUCCACUCUGGCAAAAUAGACUCCCAACGGAAUUAAUCUGGAGCACCACGUAAGACUCAUUGUUAGUCAAAUUUCUUGCUUUUUAAAAAGAUUUAUGCAACAUCUCAGGUUUAAAACAUAACAGUGUAUUCUGGUAAUUAUUUUUUUUAAUCUGAACAAAUCGUUCAACUUGAUAGAAACAAGGCAAGAUGCUUUUAUUUCUGGACUAACAUUAACAAUGGAGCAGAUCAAGACAUGGAUACGGAUUUCGCCAUCUUUCUGCCAGUGAAGAUGAAUCAUUCUGGAGGAACUUUGAGGCAAUUUUUGGGUAAAACUAAGCCUCGACUUAACUUAAAAAAAACUGCAAAUCAAUCCGUGUUUUUCUUGUAUUUUGUUCACAACAGACUAAUGAUUUGUUAUGUUUUGACAAUGAAUACUGAACCGUUAACCACACAUCCUGACCGAACUGUGGUCACUUGAAAACGUUGCCUGCUUUUAUUUUGCACUUUUUUAUAUUAUCUUUGCAUUUUUUACAACAAAAAUGGGGGAAAAAAUCACUUUGCUUUAAAAAAAAUAUAUAAAAAUCUUGUUUAAAAAAAAAUACAUAAAAAUGAUUCACUUUGUCACACAGGAACACAAACGUCACACCUUUUUCAUCUGCUUCAUUAAAUAGGAAAUAAUUAUUCUACUAAACUGU